UUGCUUUUCUUGCCUGAUUUUAGAUGAUAACUUCUGAUAAACUGGGACUUUUCCACCCAGCGUGAUCAUUACUAUAUGAAAAGCACGGCUCUUUGGAGCACGUUAUUUUUAGUGGGCUGUGAGGGGUGGGCUUGUGAUUGGAGGAGCCGCUCGCUAGGCGACCAGGUCAGAGGGUGCAGCGUUCACCUGUGGCGGAGACGGAGAGCGCGACACAGCAACUGAUGCUGAUCGUGAUGUUAAGUCUGUCUUCAUCUUCCAUUUCAUUAUUGCUGUAAUGAAAUGAAAUUCAACUCAGCCGAACUAUUCUCCUUUGCCCAGAAGCCUCCAAUCUGCUUCGAAAAGGAAGGCAUAUUGAAAACAUAUAGAAAAUCCAGAGCUAAGCAGAGAAACUAUCAAGAACUCACAGAAAGAUGGUGCCGCUUGAAAGGAAACCUGCUCUUCUUAAUGAAAAAUAGAAGCAGUACAUCAGACCCUGCUGAGGUAAUAGUCCUGGAACGAUGCGACAUUGUGGAGUGCAGAGAUAACAGGAGCACAGCAUUAACUAUCACAUUUCAGAGUGGAGAGCCAGAGAUUUAUCUUGAAGCCGUCUCAAAGUCAGACUGUGGAGAUUGGAUUGCAGCACUCCGAGAAGCAAACUCUGAAGGUUUGCAAAGGAGAAUUGCAUACCUCCAGCAACUCAUCAUGGAAAUCAAAGCGAAUACAAACCCAGAUGGAACCCAUCAGAUUCUCCUUCUACCAGAGAUACCAUCUCCACUGAUAAUUCCAUUUGAACCGAAGUUGGAGUUCAGUCUUGCAUGCAAGGAACUGGUGGCUACAGCUCGUGAUCGGAAACCAAAUUCUUUUGUGCAGAUCACUAUCUUAAAUCCUACACAACAGAGCCUGACAAGAUACUCUAAUACUGAAACAGUGGAGGGAACAAGAGAUCCAGUGUUUUUGACUGGCGCUACUUUCCCACCGGGCUAUCCUAUUUAUGAGGAAACACGAGUGAAGUUAACGGUCUACGAUGUCAAGGAGAAAUCCCAAGAAACCCGAAGCUUCCUGGGCUCUGCUACAUUUGCUGUCGGUGAUCUGCUAAAGUCGGAGGAGCAAACAUUGACUAUUAACUUAAGCCCUCUAGAUGGUUCAAGCAAAGUGGGGACCAUAGUGGUCAGCAACCUUAAAAUGGGAGAGAAUGAAAAUGAAGAAGCAGACCACACUCCUGGUGAAGUGUCAAGGCAAAAGUCAGCUUUUUGUGGAAGUCUGUUGCACAGAACGAUUAAUGAUCCUGGAAAAUUCUCGCUACUUGAUUCAGUGUUUAAAAAUAUCAUUUGGAAAGUCUACAAAUUGCCCACAGCUAAUGGUAGGUGGCUGUGUGUACGGGAACAAAUGGCUGAAAGUACACUGUCGUUCCUCAUCCCCAAGCAAAUGAUCGCACUCUUCAUCCAGGAAGAUAUGAAAAGAUUACAAGACCUGGAGGAGCUGGGGGAGCUUUCUGCUCACUGGGACACUCUACGGCAAAAUGUCACCGUCCAUUACCAGCACAUGAUUAGCAGCUACCAGGAAAUGCUUACGGAACUCAAUAAAUUCUCAGGGUCGUCAUUUAAACCAAGCUGCAGCAGAGGAGAGAAAAAGCUUGAAUUUGUUCCAGUUAAUCUGCAUUUACAAAGAAUGCACAUUCAGAGUAGUUCUGCCAAAACCGAUGGCAUUUAUGAUGUUGUUACGAUUGGAGCUCCUGCAGCACACAUUCGGGGAUUUCGAAAUGGAGGUCUCCGCAGGCAGCUGUAUAGAUUUGAGGGAGAAAAGAGGAAUUCAGCGUACCAGUAUAUUUACUAUUCACCUGAAGACACGACCAAAGCAAAAGAAGUUAUAACCAACAUUUAUAAGCUUCAACCUCUCAUACUGUGCAACACCGAUCUACUACUUACUGCAGCAAGGCAACGCUCCAGUGACAACCUCAAAGAUUCAUUGAAAACACUCAGUGAAAUAACUGAACAGUUUGUACAUGCUUUUGAAGACCAGUUGCUGAGAAGUGCUCUCUUAGCUCUACACAAGGCACGUCCAAGUUACAUCAACAAAAGACACUCCAAUCUUAUCCAUAAUCCAGAUGGCACUGAACAACAGUGUGAAAACAAUGAGCGCAGGUCCAGCAAAGAUUCAAUACCUCACCAUGCUGAAUAUGAUGAGGAAGAUUGGGACAGAGUGUGGGUGAAUGUGGGGAAAAGUUUGAACUGUAUUAUUGCAAUGGUGGACCGACUGCUUGAACAAGGUGACACUGGGCAAGAAUGUGAGCUUGAGCCUUCAGCAGUUGAUCAAGUCACCACCUCAGCAUCUGAUGACUGGUAUGAAGGGCUGUACCCUCUGGUAGUUACUUUAAAGGACUGUGUCAAAGAAGUGAUUGACAGAGCAAAGAAGGCCAUGGUAUUUGUUCUUCUUCAAGAUUGUGGUUCCAACAUACCUCAGGCCCUGGCAUUGCAUCAGAGGAGAGACGUUGUCUUCAGCCAAGCACUUGCAGGCCUCGUCUGUGGUUUUGUGAUCAAACUGCACACAUAUUUACAUGACCAGGGCUUCCUAUUGCAGCUUCACACUGUGGGUUUGCUGGUGCACUUUGAAGGACUUCUCAGCACAUACAGUGAAGAGAUUGGAAUGUUAGAGGACAUGUCAGUUGCAAUAAUAGAUUUACAGAAAGUGGCAUUCAAAGUUGUUGAAGCACAGACAGAGGAGAAUGCCAGUGCCAACCUUUAUCCUAUUGUGACUGGAAUCCGGGAUUUUUACACAGUGGAGGUACAGCUUCCCAGUAAAUUGUUUGAGGUUUUGCCACAGGAGAUUAAAGAUGGAAAGCUGCUGCGUGUGCAUCCAGUUUUUUUUAACAUCGGAAUAAAUGAACAACAAACUCUGGCAGAGAGGUUUGGAGAUAUUUCUCUACAGGAAAUUAUCAAUCAAGAGAAUUUUAAAUUACUCAGUAAAUAUUACAAAUCAUUUCAAGAAAAACUAUCGUCUGAUUGUCUGCCUCAAUUUCAAACUCAGAUUGAUAUAAAAGAACUAUUUCAAAGCCUUAGUCAAAACAUCCAAGUUAGGAAAAGAAAAAAUGUGGAAGUCCUAAAACUUGCUGCGUCAAUUUGCCGAAGACUCAAUGGAAUGCGCUUCACAAGCUGUAAAAGUGCCAAAGACAGGACAUCAAUGUCAGUGACGCUGGAGCAAUGUGUGAUUCUUCAAGAAGAACAUAGUCUACACCCAGACUAUUUUGUCAGAGCUCUGGAUUGUAUGAGGAGCAGUUAUGCCAAGGGAACAAUGAAUGACACGGAUGACCCUGAGGCAGACUCUGAUAACAGACCAACUUCAAGCCACUUCUAUCCUGUCGCCUUGCUGCUUGUCAGUUCACACUUGUUGGUAGUGUGGCUGAUUUUAAGUCUUGCUUUACUCUUGGCCAAAUAUCAAUAAAAUGCACUUGUUUACUACAUCAUUUUGUAACUAACAAUGUAUUCAUGUAGAUAAAUAUGACUUGGUUUGUAACACAACUAACAUGUUUGUAAGUCUAAAGUAAUUGUAUUCCUUUGUUUGAAAAACUGUUCUGAAUGACUUAAUUUAUUUCACUGUCUUUGCAUUAAUGAUUUCAUUGCUUAUUUUGUAGCAAUUUGUUGCUUCUGGGCUGUUGUGUUACUAUUAAGAUUUACUUUCAAGUGUUUUACAUAAAAUCCUGGUCUGUUAUUCUAAACGGGUGAA